AUGAGCUCUACUUCGGUGUGUUGUGCAGUUAUCACCGUAAUGAAGAAGAUCUUCGCACAAAUUGGGAACCCUAAGACAAUUGUAACGGACAAUCGCUUACCUUACCUGUCGAUCCCAGCCUACGGACCAGGUGACACCGGCAUAGAAGCGCAGUUAUUCAGCACCGAAACCACAUUGAAGUCGACGACCCUGCCUAGACAAAUGACUAUCGUGGUACAAAGAAUAAAUGAACAUCGUCAUCCAGCACAUCGGAAACUCGGUAUUUCCUGCACUGUGGAGUCCUACUAUGGACUCGACGCAUCAACCUAG